AUGGUUGAGGCUUCAAAUAAAUUGGGGGAUGUCCCAAUUCAUUUUGCCACAACGGAGGAGGAGAAGAAAUCUCGACAACAUGAAAUUGAUUCAAGAUCAGUGUUUAUAAAGGGAUUGCAUCAAGAUAUUACACCGAAUGAAAUUGAAUCGUAUUUUAAUACGAUUGGAUGUGGUGAUGCUAUUUUACGUAUUACUGUGUUUGACGAAAGGAGGAAAAAGGGUAGAAAGAAUAAAAAUGUUACAUUGUGUGCAUAUGUGGAAUUCCAAUCCUUGGAGAGUCAUACUCGUGCAUUGGAAUUGAACGAAUGUGUAUUUGAUGGUGGAAUGCUUCGUGUGUUUAAGAAAAGAACAAAUUUACCAGCUUCUAAGAGACACAAUGGGUAG